CAGCCUGGCAGUACCAGAGUAUGGGGGCCAAUAAAUACGGAGUCUUUGUGACCCUUUCGGAAGGGAUUCAGGCUAGAGGACGCCAUAGUUUGAGUGCCAAAUUCAACCAUAUCAUGAUGCUAGAGAAUCGUGAAGCUUGCUGGGUUGCAUUGUGCUCGGCAGCUUUUAUUCCUGCUGUCACCUCAGCCACGUUAUGUGGGUACGAUGCACCACCAAUCAUGACGCAGGCGUCAUAAGUAUACCAACAGAAAGCAUAGACGGCCCUCGCCUGCCCUGGUCUUGCACUGGAGUCG